AUGAAAGUGGCUACUGUUCUCCUGGUCGCUGUCAGCGUCCUUGCCCACAAUGUCAACGCGCUCACGAUUGAGAAGAGAGAUGGGUACGUCCCAUCCUUGAAGCUGACGGGCCCGAGAUCUGAGAUUGACCGCCGGUGCAGCUCAGAUGAGCUGACUCCCGUCCCGAUUGAGGAGAACAACGAAGGCAGCGUGACCUGCAACCAAUGUUCGAAAGAUGCCGGCAUCUGCUGCCCCGUCGAAUGUCCAACCGACGGCCAUUGCCCAAGCGAUGCGGUUGCCAAUGCUGGAUGGUGA